AUGGAGACAACCAGAAUCUUUGUGAAGGGCCUUCCGCCUACCAUCACGGAGGCGGAAUUCCGGAAGCACUUUUCGGCCAAGAACCGCGAGAUCACUGAUGUGAAGCUCAUCCCUCAGCGGCGCAUUGGCUAUGUCGGCUAUAAAACGCCUCAGGAUGCUUCAGGGGCCGUCAAGUACUUCAACAAGUCGUACAUUCGCAUGUCUAAGAUCUCGGUCGAACCAGCAAAGCCGAUCUCAGACCCGGCCCUUAACAAGAGCCAGCGAUCAGUCCAUUCCGGUCAACCUGUGGCGAGCAACACUCAGCGUCCACAUCAGGACGAUGAGGGUAGCUCUAAGAAGCGCAAGCGAGAGGACCUGGACGAAUCUGACCCCAAGCUGCGGGAGUUUCUCCGCGUGAUGAAGACGGGCAAGGAGGGUGUCCUCGCCGAUGAGACAAAUCCUGACGCCGAUAUGACAGGACUUGCCACGGGUGGAGAUGUCCUUGUUCCAGAGGGCGAGAGUGACGACGAAUAUGAGCAGAUACCGAAGAAGAAGGAAAAGCUGCGGAAAUUGGAGUCAUCUGAGACGAGUCGAAGUCUGGUGACGAACCAACGACCUUCAAAGGAGACGUCGGAUCAGGGUGCUCUGCCUGUGGCGGAAGGGGUUGUGGCCGACGAUGUGAAACCCCAAGAGGCCGAGAAGCCUCCCCCACUGGAUGCUGCGGCGACAGAUGAUGACUGGCUCAGAUCACGCACAAACAGGUUACUGGAUCUCGUGGAUCCUGAGGACCUUCCACGACCCACAGAGCCAGCAGUGGAGGCUGAGACUGUCGUGCGAGAUGAUGAGGAUGAUGGUGACGCCCCGCCUUCUCCUCGCGAUGCUACUGAGGAAGAUGCGCCUGAAGAGGCAGAUGGCAAGGGAGCAGAAGGUCCCGGAGCGGAUGAUGCGGUUGCCACAAUCACACGGACGUCUCGGCUCUUCGUUCGAAAUCUCCCUUACACUACAACAGAAGAAGAUCUCCAUCAAGAGUUUGGGAAAUUCGGCACUCUACAGGAGGUACAUCUGCCGACCAAUGCUUCAGGAGUUGGCAAGGGAUUUGCGCUGGUGUUGUUUGACAAUUCGUCUGACGCCGUGAAUGCAUUCCAAGCUCUUGAUGGGGUAACUUUCCAGGGGCGCAUCCUACACAUCAUUCCUGCGGAAGCCAAGAAGCAGAAUCUGGACGAGUUUGGAAUGUCGAAAUUACCCCUGAAGAAGCAAAACAUGAUACGCAAGAAGGCCGAGGCAGCAACGAGCGUGUUCAACUGGAAUUCGUUGUACAUGAGCCAGGACGCCGUCAACGCCUCCGUUGCCGCACGCCUGGGUGUCUCCAAGUCCGAAGUGCUCGAUCCCACAUCUGCCGAUGCGGCCGUCAAGCAAGCUAUCGCCGAAACGACCGUCAUCCAGGAGACCAAGGCCUAUUUUGCUUCGAACGGCGUGGACCUGGACGCCUUCAAAUCGCACAAGCGCGGUGGCACGUCGAUCCUGGUGAAGAACUUUCCAUACGGCACAACCAUGGAAGAACUCCGGAAGAUGUUUGAGGAGUGCGGCCCGGUUCUCAGAGUGCUGAUGCCGCCCGCCGGCACAAUUGCCAUCGUCCAGUUCGCGCAGCUGAAUCACGCAAAGGCCGCAUUUGGCAAGAUGGCGUACCGGCGAGUCAAGGACAGCGUCCUCUUCCUGGAGAAGGCCCCGGUCGAUCUCUUCAAGCAGGACGCGGCCCAGGAUCAGGCUAGGCCGCUUGUGGAGCAGCGCACUGGGGUCCAAAAACUGAGCGUCGACGAAUUACUGGCGAGCGGCGAUAAGGCCGACGAGCCUGCGGAAACCGCUUCGCUCUUUGUCCGCAAUUUAAACUUUGCCACAACGACCAACCGGCUGGCUGAAAUCUUUGAGCCACUUGACGGAUUCGUCUCGGCUCGUGUCAAGACAAAAAUAGACCCCAAGAGGCCUGGUCAGACACUCAGCAUGGGCUUUGGCUUCGUAGAAUUUCGAUCCAAGGAGCAGGCCCAGGCGGCGCUCAAGGCCAUGGAUGGCUACGUCUUGGAUGGCCACGCGCUGGGUGUCAAAGCCUCACACAGGGGUCACGACGCUGCCGAGGAGAGGCGGCGCGAGGAUGCAGCCAAGAAGGCUGCGGCUACGAGGACCAAGAUCGUGAUCAAGAACUUGCCUUUCCAAGCCACCAAGAAAGACAUCCGCACUCUCUUCGGUACUUAUGGGCAACUGCGAUCUGUCCGCGUUCCAAAGAAGGCGGACUAUACCGCAAGAGGGUUUGCAUUCGCAGAUUUCGUAACCCCUCGAGAGGCAGAGAAUGCACUAAAUGCAUUGAAAGAUACCCACUUGCUCGGCCGGCGACUGGUAUUAGACUUUGCCGCCGCCGAGGCUGUCGAUGCCGAGGAAGAGAUCGAGAAGAUGCAACGCAAGGUUGGAGGGCAGGCCAAUAAAAUGGCCCUUCAGCAGCUUACUGGAGGAGGGAGGAAAAAGGUUACUAUUGGCAAUGACGAGGAUGAACUUGAGGCUUGA